AAUUCCACCUGGCUCGUCUUCAAAUCAAACUGUUCUUUUAGAUUGUCAUGUGGUACGAGUAUUUACCACUGAGCUGAGAAAUACACACGGUUUAUUGUUUGCUGACGACUUCCCCAGGCGGCCCCAUCAGUGACUGCGUACUCAUCGAGGCAUAAAGAAACAUUGCUUUACUUGGGCCAGUCAAACACUCUUCACGGGGGGCUCACAAUCCCACAUCGCUCGGCUGAAGUCGUGAUAAGGGGGCUUGUGUGGUGUUAUUUAACUGGGAGUUAUACAGUUUCAUUCUGCAGUACAGUUACUAAACAGUCGAGAAUAGGACGAGCGCGACCAACAAGGACUUUAAAAUGGCUGGGGAGGAAAGAUGAAAGACUUCUGUGUAGCAACUCAAUAAGUUUUUAUUCGUGCUGUUUUUUGUGUGUAGAUUCGCGGAUUACAUUCGCCCAUGGUUUGUUGUCGACAUUUUGAUUUCCUUCCAUUGUUUUAUGGACAUCUGGUGUCAAGAUUCGUAGUAAGGUUAAACGUAGGGCAGAAGUUCUUCUAGUUGAUUUGCAAUUGUGCCAUUUGUGUUGGUUGUGCUGCUUCAUCAUCUUGUGAAUGAACGAGACGAUAUUGAUUUAGAAAUCUUCAGGCCAACUUGGUCUCAGUUUUUUUUUCUUCAAGUUGACAGGGCUGUCAAACGACGGUCUCUUUCGAACUUGACAGAACAAUGGGACGAAAAUUCCCAAUUUCUUCAGGUUCAAUCAUGAGCACAUUGAACAUUCUGCUUUUCUUCAUAACAUUAUGCCAUAUACCAUUAACUGGAGUAAACUCCCAAAUACCUGGUUAUGAAGUACCAAGUUUAAGAUUUGACAAUAUGAACUUCAACACUGACGGGUUCGAUCGAAGAGAGUCGCCGAUUCCCGUGCCGGAGGACCCCACGAACACCGGGUCGUCGCUCACCUUCGUAUUCGAUAGUACGGGCUCCAUGUUCGAUGAUUUAGUUCAAGUUAUUGUUGGUGCCGUAAAUAUAUUGGAGACAGCAAUGUCAAGAAGAGAAAAGCCUCUGUAUAACUUUGGACUUGUGCCGUUCCACGACCCUGACAUUGGUCCAGCUACCAUCACAACAGAUCCAGACAAGUUUGUUAAAAGACUUCAAGACAUCUAUGUCAGCGGAGGUGGAGAUUGUCCCGAAGCCAGUAUAGGAGCAAUCUUACAAGCUCUUAAUAUUAGUUUACCAGGAUCUUUCAUCUAUGUCUUUACUGAUGCUAGAUCCAAGGAUUAUCAUCUCGUCAAUCAAGUCUUGAAGUUGAUACAAGAGAAGGAGAGUCAGGUGGUAUUUGUCAUGACAGGUGAUUGUGGGAACCACUCCCACCCUGGCUUCAAGGCGUAUGAACAGAUCGCUGCUACUAGCUCAGGACAGGUUUUCCUUCUCAACAAAUCAGACGUAGAUGAGGUUCUCAGGUUUGUCGAGAUUUCUUUGCAAUCUCGUAAAGUCAACCUGAUCAGUACCAAUCAUCGCAGCUCAGCAAAUACAACAUUCACGUUACCAAUCGACUCCAAUCUAACUCAAUUCACGCUUUCAGUAAGCGGCUUAAAUCCUUACAUAGAACUCAGAGACCCAUCAGGGAGAUUGGUUAAAGUUGGUGAUCCUGGCGUAGAGAAACAACUGGACUUAGAUAACGUUUAUAUAAUAAGUGUUAAUGAACCGGUGGACGGGUUAUGGUACCUGAAAGCCGGUAGUAGUAACGUCCAUACGGUGCGGGUUACCGGUUUGAGUCAGAUGGACUUCAGUUAUGGCUUCUCAAGGGAACCAACUCAGAAUAUUAAUAUGACAUCACAUCGAGCCAUCUUAGGUCUUGUCUACAACAUCUUGAUCGAGGGAAAGAACUUUGAUUAUCCGGGCGUGAUGCGUCGUCUAGAUUUCCUCGAUCUUGAGGGUAAUGUGAUUAGUAUGUACAGACUGGAGCAAGAAGAUCCUAAUAGGUUCGUCUACACCGUCUCAGACAUUGUCCCACCUAUAGGAUCUUAUUACAUAAGAGUAAGCGGUGUGGAUAAAUACGGCUAUGAGUUCCAGCGUAUUACACCUACAACAAUUGAGGCUUUAACACCAGAUCCUCCCAAGGUAACCAUGGUACCGUGGACGCCUGGUUACUAUGGCGAUACAUCAGUCAUCACUUGUAAAGUCGACAGUAUGAUACCAUUUUCUGUCUUCUGGACCAGAGAUGGGAGAGUCAUUGGUGAGACUCACCAGUUUAGUGAUUCUGCUGAUGCUACAUUUGAAAUUCACGACUCUGUAACGGCAAAUGAAGGAUUUUACGGAUGUAAUGCGACUAACUCAGAAGGAUCCAGGAGAGCUGAGACAUACCUUGAUAUUACAGAGGCCCCGCCCAUUCUUGGCAAGCCGAAGAACGUGACAGUGGUACCCGGUACCAACGCCAUUCUAUCCUGUACAGUCAUCUUCAGUGCUGUAGAAUACAACAUGACAUGGGACCGGCCAAACUCCUUCGUAUCCCUUGCGAUCCAUAACCGUGUUUCUCAACUUCAGAAUGGUUCACUUCUGAUUAAAAACAUCAAUCUUGCCGACUCUGGACUCUAUAGAUGUAUCGCAGCCAAUGAAGGAGGGCCGUCUCAUGAAAACGUUUUCUUGUUUGUACAAGAGAAACCUGUUGCCAGAAUCAGCGGUGGUAACGUGACAUUCACCAGUGGUGAUAACUUCACAAUGACCUGCACGGCUAGCGGGUUUCCCAUCCCAAGAAUCAACUGGCUGAAAGAUGGACUUGAGCUACCGACCAUACCUGGUUUGAUCAUCGGCCCUGAGGGACAGCUCAACUUCAUCAAUGCCAGCCCCGAUGUCCAGGGAAACUACUCCUGUAUUGUCUCAAAUAGCGCUGGCAUCUCAGGGAUGCUGUCCACUGUGUCCUACAUAGAGAAGCCAGUCAUCGCCAUGACCACUCAUAUGAAGCUUGCCGCACCCGGUGCCGCCUCGACGUUCCUUCACUGUCCAUCAACUGGUAUCCCGCCUCCCAAGACCACAUGGUACAAAGAUGGCCAUGAUCUCAGUGCCAUGAAUUUCAUCACGAUCCACGCCAACGGAUCGCUGGAGAUUUCCUCGGUGCAGGCAAUUGAUCGAGGGGAUUAUAUCUGUGUGGUGACUAACGAUGCAGGGAGUGAUUCAGAUACAGUGAAUCUAGAAGUUGGAGCUCGUCCGACUAUCUUGACCAUCCCAGUGGACAUUGGCGUACAAUACGGCCACAACGUGACCAUGACAUGUCUAGCUCGAGGCACACCACAACCAGAGAUUACCUGGAGACAUAUUGGAGGUGACUCUAUCGCCAGUAACCCCAGGAUCUCUACUAACUACGACGGAAACCUUCUCAUCAGAGAUAUCGUGAUUGAUGAUGCAGGAACCUACGUUUGCGUUGCUGUAAACAAACACGGUAGGGAUGAAGUAUCCGCUCAGAUUCGUAUUACUGGACUCGUCCGUCCAGAUAUAGCAGAUAGUCCAGAUGUCUCCGCCAAUAUAGGCACUACAGUCUUGCUACCCUGUAACGCCAUCAUCGGUAACCCAGCUCCUAAGAUCUACUGGUAUAAAGAUGGUCAACCCAUCCGGCAAGGCAGUCACUUCCGAGUCCUAGACGGCGGCACUUUGAGGAUCGUCCCUCUGCUGCUCGAUGAUGCUGGAACCUACCGAUGUGUAGCUAGUAAUGUGGCUGGGAAUGACACGCUUUAUACUAGAGUCACAGUUGAUGUGCCACCCGUUAUCGAUGAAACCAACUCCAGUUACUCUGUCAUCUACCGUGACUCCGUGUCUCUCUACUGUCCGGCUACCGGUCAUCCUCGUCCGACGAUCAACUGGUUCAAGAACGGUUCCCCGAUCUCCCUCAAUGAGCUGAACCAAUACGUGACAGACCAAGGAACACUGGUCAUCCGAUUCGCUACAGAGGAUGAUGCCGGAACGUAUACAUGUAUGGUGUCUAACAAAGCAGGCACUGAUGAAAUUGAGAUAUCUCUUUAUGUCCUUGCUCCACCUACGAUUGACGACAGACUUAUCACCCCUACCCUAAACAUCACCCUCGGUGGUUCCAUCACCAUGGACUGUGACGCCCAAGGUCUACCUCCACCUACAAUCCACUGGGUUAAAGAUGGUCAACAGUUACGUAACAACGGUCCUAACUAUGUGGUCAGCUCAUCAGGAACACUGACCGUACAGCGAGUCAGUCUGGAGGAUGAGGGACGUUAUGUUUGUAUCGCCUCUAAUAUCGCUGGAAAUACAACCAAGACAAUCUACCUAAGUGUACAAGUGCGCCCCAGCAUUGAGCCGAGCAGUCCCAUUGAUCUAACGGUAUUAACGGGUGGUUCCAUUGAGUUGCCUUGUGAAGCGUUCGGUGUACCACAACCUGAGGUGGCCUGGCAGAAGGAUGGAGUGCAGCUUCGACAAACCUCUCAACUAAUGUUUUUGGACUCUGGAUCUCUUCAGGUGAACAGCGCCGAUCAGCUGGAUACAGGAACUUACAUCUGUGUAGCUAGAAAUGAUGCCGGUUCAGCCUCUAAGAUUAUCCGACUCAUUGUGUAUUUGGUUCCGAACGUAACCGAUUUCCAAGGCCAGUACACAGUCAACCUGACUCAAAGCGUGACCCUUCGUUGCCCCGCUACCGGCUACCCACCACCAACAGUCAACUGGACCAAAGAUGGGAUGUCCAUCUCAGAAACUGACUUGGAUUUAUCUAAGUAUGACAUCGAUGAGACGGCUGGCACCUUGAAGAUCUUUGAUACUCGAUACAUCGACUCUGGAACCUAUGAGUGUACUGUCAGUAACUUGGCUGGAGUCCAAGUCAAACAAAUUGUUCUGACCGUCAAUGUUCCACCGUCCUUGGAUGGUGAUGGUGAGGUUCGUGUCCUCCAAGUCACCCAAGACCAGUCCAUUUCCCUCGCCUGCGAGGUAUCAAGCUACCCACCACCAGAGUACACCUGGCGUAAGAAUGACCAAUCCCUCCCCUCUGACCUCCGAUCUUUGACCCGAGCUGAUGGAACCCUUGACCUCUUCUCCUUGAGACUGCUGGACAGUGGAACAUAUACCUGCAUUGCUAGUAAUGUUGCCGGCAGUACCAAUGUUGUCUACAGGUUGCAAGUCAUAACCCCUCCUUCCAUAGCACCAGGACCCACCGACAUCACCUCCGAGUCGGGACGUACAAUCCAACUCAGCUGUGAAGUAGAUGGCAUUCCAGCCCCUCAGGUGCAAUGGCAGAAGAACGGGGUACCCUUGAACGUUGAAGGCAACCCACGGAUCACUCAGCUUGUCUCUGGUUCCUUGAGGCUGGAUGACUUGGCGGUCGAGGAUAAAGGAGAGUUUGAAUGUUAUGUUUUCAACGCUGCUGGAUCUGCCUCAAGGAUUAUCAAACUUGACGUCAGAGUUCAACCCAAAAUCCUCGAGAGCCAGAAUGAAUACACGGUCAAGAUGAGGUAUCCGGUCACCCUCCUCUGCCCGGUGGUUGGUACCCCGCCCCCUGAGAUAUCGUGGCUCAAGAAUGGGCAACCGCUCGAUGACUUCCGCGUUUACCAAACACAAGAGGGCUCCCUCCGUAUCGCAUCUACGGUCAGAGAUGAUGACGCAAUCUUUACGUGUGUAGCUCAGAACAACGCUGGGAGAAGCUACAAGGACAUCCGGCUGAUUAUCAAUGUCCCACCGAUAGAUAUGACCGUGGGCCCGGAUGAUUACGAUGUCUUCUUAGAUUCUCGCGUCUCACUUCCCUGCGUUAUCGACAGCAUUCCUCCUCCUACAAUCGUCUGGAGGAAAGAUGGCACUGAUUUGUACAUCGAUAAUGAGAACUACAUCCAACAUGAUCAUUCCUUGGAGAUCCCAGCAGCUAAAGUAUCGGACUCUGGUGUUUAUGAAUGUGUGGCUAUGAAUAUAGCUGGUAAUACUACAAGAUCUAUGAUGGUUAAUGUAAUGGUUGCUCCACGAAUCGGAAAUGGACCAGACGUCAUCAAAGGCUUCAUUGGUGAUUCCAUCACCCUCCCCUGUGAAGCCGUCGGAAUCCCAACGCCGGUCCAUACCUGGGAGAAAUCCGGACGAAGAAUCGACUAUGAAAUCGGUCGCUUUACUCAGUUACAGUCAGGAUCGCUAGCUAUUAAUGGUGUAGCUGAGACGGACGCUGGUACCUAUCUCUGCUUGGUACAGAACAAUGCUGGUUCGGAUACCAGGGAAAUCACCGUUGUUGUUCAAGUUCCCCCAGUCAUCAUUCAAACCCAGCCAUUACGGCUUGAGCGGAGACUAAACAGUGAGGUUAAGAUAGACUGUAAAGCAUACGGCACACCAACUCCAGACAUCUACUGGUUUAAGGACGGUAAACGGAUCCAUCAGUACGAACAUGGCUACACCAUUCUGCUGAACGGGACUCUGAUCAUCUCUAAUCUUCGACCGGUUGACGAUGGGAAGUACGAGUGUUGGGCGAUGAGUGAGGUCGGAAACGAUACUAUGCAGGUCAAUCUGGAUACUCAGAUGAAACCUUAUAUCGAUGGAGAAAACAAUGUAUAUCAACCCAAGCAGAUCUCAGCCAGUCAAUCUGAUGAUGUGUUCCUUUAUUGUAAUGUAACGGUAGCCCACCCAGAAGCAACGAUACAAUGGUAUAGAGAUGGUAGCGUCAUUAGCAGCCGUGGUGAUAUGGGUGUACAGGUUCAGAAUGACGGGUCUCGGUUGAGUAUACCCAACAUCCGUGAUUCCAAUGCUGGUAUGUAUCAGUGUGUAGCAACAAACAACAUUGGGGGCAGCAGUAAACACUUUCACGUCAACGUCCACAUCCCACCCGUCCUGAACAAUCCUCGCUAUGAAGAGAUCAUAAUCCGAGCUGGUGAGUCUCUACAGAUCCCAUGCCAAUCCGACGGCUACCCAACUCCACGUAUCACUUGGCGCUUUGAAGACAACCCCGUCUCCAACCAGAAUCUACGGUAUAGGAUCUACCCCUAUGGAACGUUGGAGAUCCCCUACGCCUAUGUCUACGAUGAGGGACGGUAUAUAUGUGUGGCUAAGAAUGUCGCUGGGAAUGACACACGCAUCGUUGAUGUUAGGGUGAUGGUUCCUCCAACCAUCAACCAAGUCCAGACCUACUUGACUAGAAUCGAAGGCUCUUCAGUGAUCUUGCCGUGCGAGUCGGCCGGAGUACCUAAACCGACGGUAACAUGGGAGAAGGAUGGUGUGGAGGUCCUCCCUGCUGACGAUGAGAACAUUGAGCAAAUGGUGCAAGGGUCUUUAAGAUUGAGUAGCGUGGAUGGUGAAGACGCCGGAAUGUAUCGUUGUAUCGCUAAGAAUGAAGCAGGAGAUGCAUCCAUUACGAUGACUCUAAGAGUUCAUACUCCUCCAGUACCCGACCCAGACAUGCCAAAGAACAUCACCUCCUCGGCCUAUGGCGAUACCAUCAUCCCAUGUAAGAUGUCCGGUAACCCCAAACCACGUAUCCGUUGGUUUAAAAAUAACCUUGCCAUCUCGGUUAAUCGUGGUAAAUACCGCCAGCUUCCGGACGGAUCUCUACUAAUCCGUAGUGUCCAGGCCAUGGAUAGUGGACGCUAUAUGUGUGUUGGUGAUAACGGUGUAGGAGUCAAGUCAAACAGUGUGGAUCUAACUGUACCAAUCCCACCACGGAUCCCAGACUCCAAUACUCCAACAGUCUUCCCAAUCUCAGAGUUAAUGACCAUCGACCUUCAGUGCUUCAUCACCGAUGCUUACCCACCUCCCCUCAUCAUGUGGUUUAAGGGUCUAGAGCUACUGACGGGUAGCGAGGUUGGGAUUACUAUUGACAACGAUGUACUCCAUAUUGACGCUAUUAAAGUAGAAGACGCUGGAGAGUAUACGUGUUUUGCUUUCAAUAUGGCCGGAAAUGCAUCUAAGACGUGGGAAGUUGAUGUGCAGACUCACCCUAUCAUCAUCGGAGAUUCCAUCGUCCACGUCACAGCUGAGAAAGAUUCUGAAGUUUCACUCCCAUGCUCGGUAGAGGGCCAUCCCACCCCUUGGAUUACGUGGGAGAAAGAUGGAGAAUUCCUCCCAUCAAAUAUUCCAAGUCAGGAGCUCGAUGGCUUUCCAACUCUGGAGAUUCCUGACGUGAAGAAGAGUAAUAGUGGAGUGUAUAAAUGUCACGCUAAGAAUGCUGCUGGGAAUGUCACAAUCGUCUUCAUUCUAGAGGUCCAUGUUCCACCCAUCAUCAAAGAUGCUCUAGAUGAAACCAUCGCAGUCGGUCUCGGUCAAUCCAUCAUCAUCCAUUGCCGAGCCUCAGGUUUCCCGCCACCUCAGAUCUCCUGGCAGAAGGACUUCCGAGAUAUUCCUAAGAACAGUCUAGCCAUGAGGGUAAUGUCCGAUGGCUCGUUGGUCAUUAACAGCACUAGGGUUGGAGACAGUGGACAGUAUGCCUGCUUGGCUAAUAACGUUGCUGGCUUCCAGACGAGGCAGGUCACUCUGAAAGUACAAGAGCCCCCUCACAUUCUGAGGCCUCAACUGACAUCCGAGAUUCCCAAGUACGGCUCCAGGGUGCUCCUGAACUGCCAAGUCACCGGUAUCCCACCACCAGAGAUCAUGUGGUUGAAGGAUGGAGUACCAGUGAAUACCUACGAGACUCUAGUCUUUGAUAAUGGCACUCUAAUUCUGAAUAGCGUCCAAGGCAGUGAUAGCGGACGGUAUGAAUGUGUCGCUGUCAAUGAAGUUGGGAAUGUCAGUAUCUACAUUGAUGUUACUGUACAUGUCAAACCACAGAUCCAAGAUGCGGAUUCCAUAACCCUCAUCACCGUCCAACUCAACGAGCGCGUUGACAUGUUCUGUGAGAUCGUUAACUCAGUCCCUCCAGCCGAUAUCAUCUGGUACAAGAACGGAGAACAACUCCCUACCCAGGAUCCAAACUACUUCACCCAGUCGGCCAAUCAGGUGCUGACGUUUACUAGCAUUCAAACGAGCGACGUCGGCCGCUAUGAGUGUCGCGCUAAUAACAAAGCUGGGGAAACUAACAAGAUAUUCAACGUUGAGGUUCAAGUUCUACCAGUUAUUGACGGCAUUACCCCUGGGUCAGGUCAACUUAACCCCAUCCAGAUCACCCUGACCCAAGAGGACACCAUCGACCUACCCUGCCAUGCCAGCGGCAAUCCACAACCCACUAUCCGCUGGUUCAAAGAUGGUCAGUUGGUCACUCACAACACACCAGGAGUCAGUGUCCGUAGUCGAGGAACAAUACUCAGUAUAAGCAGAGCCAGUGUUAUUCACGCUGGUCAGUUUACCUGCCUAGCUACGAGUGAUAUCGGAAAUGCAACCAAAGUCUUUGUUAUUUCAGUCAAUGUUCCACCAGUCAUUGCUGAUUCCGAGCUUCAAAACCUGACUGUCAUCCAGAACCAUCGAGUCUUUUUGCAGUGCCCGACAGUUGCUAUACCGGUUGCCACCAUCCGAUGGUUUAAAGACAACGAGCUUAUACGUAGAUCUCAACAUCACAACUUGAUCCUACGAGAUAACAACAUGACGUUAGAAAUUCGAGAUGCGCAGUUGGGGAACAACGGUCAUUAUUAUUGUAUUGCAUCCAAUAUUAUUGGAGAGAGUAGAAAAUUCUUCAAUUUGGAAGUGCACAUGCCACCUCAGCCUCCAACCACUGGUCCAACCACAACCUCAGUCGAUGCUAGCGGCUCUGUCACCUUGAAUUGUGAAAGCAAUGGUUACCCGCCACCUACCAUCAGAUGGAUGAAGAAUGGAAUGUUUAUUUCACCAGCCAGUUCAAGGUAUGAGUUUGUUACUCCUGGAGUUCUUCGUAUCCCACAAGUCAGUGUUGCCGAUAUGGGAUACUAUGAAUGUUACGUUUCCAACAUCGCUGGAAACUACACACAAUCAUUCACACUGGAAGUCCUGGUCUCACCUACCAUUGAGCCAGUCCCUGACAAGAUAGCUGUCCAUCUCGGCCGUCCAGUCCGCAUCCCAUGUUCAGCCAUCGGUCAUCCUCGUCCAACCAUUACAUGGCAGAAGAAUAACCAGAUCCUAACCCCCCAGAUGGGAUACACCUUCUUAGAGAAUGGAAUGUUGAUGAUUAACAGUACCCAGCUCUCACACGCUGGCCGCUAUAUCUGCAUUGCUCAGAGCCGCGCUGGGAGUGAUGUACUCAGAGUGGAGCUAUCGGUUGAAGUGACGCCAACCAUCAGUGGCCCCACCUUCCUGAAGUAUUCAGUUACAGAGGAAGAACAAGUAACGUUAGAAUGUGACGCAACUGGUAUCCCGCCUCCCAUGGUUCGCUGGCUCCAUAACAACCAAGAUAUCACCGGUAACAGCUUCCAUCAUAACAUCCUACCCAGUGGGUCGCUGCAGAUACCGGUAGUACGUCGGGAAGACCAGGGACUAUACGUGUGUUUCGCUAAAAAUGGGGGUGGUAUUGCUCAAGUUCAACGCUUACUAGAAGUCCAAGUUCCUCCUACAAUCGAUCGAGGCCAACCCAACGACAUCGCAGUCAGGAUUGGUAGUCGUGCUCGUCUGACCUGUACUGUCAACUCUUACCCACCAGCUACUAUAACAUGGAGUAAAGAUGGAGAAGCAAUCAAUCCGGCUAAUGGAAUGGCCGUCCAGACAGAUGGAUCUCUGGUUAUUGAUCAAGUACAGGAGAGUGAUAGUGGUAGCUAUGUAUGCACUGCCAUUAAUGUCGUCGGACAUCUUACUCGAGAAGUCGUGCUCACCAUACACGUUGGUCCUCGCUUUGUACGCAUCCCCAAUGACAUUGAGCUUGGAUCCACAGAUAGACUUGAACUAGUCUGUGAUGUUCAGGGCUACCCGUCACCAACAAUCACGUGGUAUAUCAACGACACAGAGACUAUCAGUCCUCCAACCAUCAAUGGUCGAAGUACCUACGUUCUUGAGAACAUCAGUAAACGAGAUGAGGGUACUUACAAAUGCUCGGCAACCAAUCUGCUUGGUACCCGCUCAGCUACUGCUACAGUCACAGUCAGAGUUCCACCUAAGGUGAUUGUAGGUCCAACAGACCAAAUUGUUCGUAUGAGUGAGAUCACCGUCUUAGACUGCGCAUCGGCCGGUGACCCUACUCCAGAGGUCGUAUGGCUCAAGGGAAAUACAGUCAUUAGUUAUGAUAAUCGCGUACGCAAAGCUCGCAACGGCUCCCUCAUCAUCUACCGGACAGAGGUUAAAGAUGCAGGACGUUACAUCUGCCGUACUUUUAACCGAUAUGGAAGUGACAGUAAAGCAGCCCUCAUCAAAGUCCAGCGUGAACCAACUUUCCUGGUGGAACCAAUGGAUACGAUAGCAGACCAGGGUGAUACAGUCAAACUGGAUUGCCUAGUAGAGGGUGAACCAGCACCAACGGUCACUUGGCUCAAAUCGGGCUACCCAAUACAGACCGGUCAAGGCAUUACAAUCCUAGCCAAUAAGACCUUGGUUAUUAUGGUCGCUAAACAAGCAGAUAGCGGGUCUUAUGUCUGUAAGGCGACCAAUCAAAUGGGACCCCAAGCCGUUUCUGUUUAUGUGACGAUCAGAGUGCAUGGACAAUAUUCCGAAUGGUCUGCAUGGGGUGAGUGUAGCAAAACUUGCGGCAACGAGGGUGCAUAUCAGAGAAGAACUCGUAAAUGCGACAAUCCCGCCCCUGCCAAUAACGGUCGACAGUGUUCAGGCUCGUCUACUGAUAACAGGGCGUGUACACCCCCAAUGUGCCCUAUCAAUGGAGGAUGGAGUAGUUGGCAACCGUGGGAAGAUUGCUCAGUCACAUGCGGUAGCGGAACAAGAAAUAGAAUACGCUACUGUGAUAAUCCACCCCCACAGUAUAAUGGAAGAAGCUGUGAGGGAGCAUCCAAUCAGCAGGCUGAGUGUACCAUGAGAUCUUGUCCAGUUGAUGGUAACUUUGGACUGUGGACCGAUUGGCAACCAUGCAGUACAACAUGUGGUUCUGGUGAACAGAUAAGAACAAGACAAUGCGAUAACCCACCGCCUCAGAACUUUGGCAGAGAUUGUCUCGGACCAUCUCAUCAUAAGAUAAUGUGCUCUGAGAGGGACUGCCCAGUCGAUGGUAGAUGGGAUUCGUGGAGUCCAUGGACAAUUUGCACACGUUCUUGCGAUAGCGGAGUUCGAACCCGAUCCCGGGUUUGUAGGCCACCACAAAAUAAUGGACGAGACUGCAUUGGAAAUAACAUUGAGCAAGACAUCUGCCAUGUGGAAAGAUGUCCAAUCAAUGGUAUUUGGUCCCCAUGGGAAGCCUGGACCAGCUGUAGUGCAUCAUGUGACGGUGGACGGCAGCGUCGUCUGAGGUACUGCAACAGUCCUGCUCCUCAGAACAACGGAAGAUACUGCUCUGGAAAGUCUGGAGAAGUCAGGACUUGCAACCAGCAGGAGUGCAGAAAGAAUGGAAACUGGAGUCCCUGGUCCUCGUGGAGUGCGUGCUCGCAAACUUGCGGGGAUAGUCGUAGUAUAAGAGAGCGUGUUUGUAACAAUCCAGCACCUACUAUUAAUGGGCUACCUUGUGUAGGACCCAACUCACAGGUCCGGAAGUGUAAUGUACCAUCAUGUAUAGGAGGACCAAUUCAAGCUGUAGCCAGAGUAGUUGGUAACGUCAACGGAGAAGAAUUUGGACCAACAAUGCUUAUUGCAAACAUCUCAUCAGAUCAAAGAGGGUAUAGUCUGGUGACUGCUCAGAUGUAUAACAUACCAUCUACUGUAGGUUACGCUCUACGUCAACUUCUCUCCAUAAUUUCUCCGAUCUACUGGACCAGCGCCUACGAAAUCGGCGACGCAGUCAACGGGCAUACACUCACUGAGGGCAACUUCGAGAGAGACACUCAAGUUAGCUUUGGAUCAGGCGAGACUCUCUCCAUCAAGCAGAUUGUGAAUGGCGUCGAUGCCGAUGGACUUCUCAAACUCACCAUCUCAGUCAGUGGUGACGUCCCAGAGAUCUAUGCCAAUGAUAGAAUCACCUUCAUGCCCUACGAUGAGAACUACGUCCAGACCGGACCAGGAGAGAUUUACGCCUUCUCCUUCCGUACCUACACUAUCAAUGGAAUGGCUAUCCCCUAUGCAUGGAGACAUACUAUCAAGUAUGACCCAUCGGCGGAUGCCAUGCCAUUCUUGGUGGAGACUUUGAAAUCGAGAAUGGUUCGCGUCGAUUAUAAUCCUUCGGAGCAGUUGAUGGAGUAUGGUGUGCGAGUCUCAAUUGAAGAAGGUUCGCCAAGUAACCAAUGUCCAACUGGGUUCUACUUUGAUCAGAUUGGUCCAUAUUGCAGAGAUGAGAAUGAAUGUUCAAGAAGAGAGACUUGCCUCCAUGGAUGUGAGAACACCCCUGGUAGUUUCUACUGUACCUGCUGGAAUGGCUAUAAGUUAGAUGGAGAUCUUCGCUCAUGUAGCGACAUCAAUGAAUGUGACACCGUACCUAGUGUAUGUGGUGAAAACGAAGACUGUAGGAAUAUAGCAGGAUCUCAUAUGUGUCUUCAACGCUGUGGUGUAGGAUACAAACGAUCCUAUUCAGGAAAUGCUUGCAGUGAUAUCAACGAAUGUGUGGAGACAGUGGGACGUUGUGCUCAUCAAUGUGAGAAUACACUAGGCAGCUACCGAUGUAACUGCAACCGUGGUUAUGAGCCAGACGGACGUGCCUGCGUUGAUAUUAAUGAGUGUAUCCGUCCGAACGUUUGUCAAGAUGACCAAGAAUGUAAGAAUACUCGGGGAAGCUUUACUUGUACCACCAUCUGCACCUCUGGAUUUGAACGAGCUUCAAACGGAUCAUGUGUCGACGUCAACGAAUGCUCCAGUCUGAGUUUAAACCGCUGUUCUAGAAUGCAGACGUGCCGUAAUACCUUGGGAAGUUAUUCUUGUGUUUGCCCACGUGGAUUCAUCAAGAGCUCUCGACAAGUAAAUAUAUGCGAAGAUGUAAAUGAAUGCAAGGAGAAUCCAUGCAGUUACCAGUGCCGCAACACCCAGGGAUCUUAUCAGUGUAUCUGUCGUGAAGGAAUGCUACGUCUCACCGAUCGUAGAACCUGUGUAGGAAAUCCUACUUAUCCAAAUGAGGCUCUGACCAGUCCAGACUCAUGCCCAGAUGGACAUAUUAGAAUCAACAAUAUCUGUGCUGGACUUUGCGAGAGUGGUGAUGAAACCUACGUAUGUUCCUGCCCAGAUGGAUAUCAAAUUGAUGAACAAAAUUGUCUUGAUGUGAAUGAGUGUCGAAUGGAGCAUGCUUUCUGUCAGGGACUUUGUGAGAAUACUCUGGGUAGUUACCUCUGUUCAUGUCCUGAAGGUUACAGCUUGGGAAGUGAUCAAAGAAGCUGUGUUGAUAUCAAUGAAUGCCUACAGAACCGAUGUAGUCGGGACAGAAUGUGUUUCAAUACAAGAGGCAGUUAUGAAUGUGUUUAUGUCCCAUGCCCAACAUUCUAUCGUAGAACGGAAUUAGUAGUUGAAGAAGGAGUGAGUUUCAGUUGUAUCAAAGAGUGUCCCGAGACGGGUCAACCUGGAUGUUAUAACCUAGCUGAUGCGAUACGAUACCGAACCCACGCAUUGGCUAAGGACACACGCUCAGGCUGGCCUACAAGAGACCUCUUCAUCAUGAGAGUACUGAAACAGGAUGGAACCUAUGAAAAUAAUGUUCACUUCAGAAUCGUGGAUCAACCAGCCUCUAAAAAGUACUGCCAGUGCAUCAUGCCUUUCCGAGUCAAUCGUGAAGGAACCACAACUUACGUAUCAACGACGUCUACACUGGAUAAACCCAAGCAGUACAGGCUAACGGUUCAAGCCAACAUCUAUGAUGAUAAUAACAUCUACAAGUACUCAACCAAAGACAUCAUUUUCAUUUCAGUCUCUGCUUACAACUACUAAACUCAAUCGAUGGUUAUCGUUCGGUAGUAUAUGUAUAUGUCUACCUUAAGUGUCUUCCUUUAUGUCAUGAAAUCCUUAUAUAUAUACAAAAUUGUAUAUAGUUAUAUAUGCUAUUAAUGUUUGGGUCUAGGUGACUUUACUAGUAGAUUGUUAUUUAAGUAGAUUUUCUCGUGGAAACAUUUUUAGAAUUCCAUAACGGCUGUAUCAACUUAGUUUAUGAGUAUCAUCGAUACGAAGCUACAAAGAUAGAACAUGAACAACCAUUCUUUGAAAAUAGACACCAUAGUUUGAUAUGAUGUGAAGAGAAGAGAGUAUGUCAACUGUAAAUGUGUAGCCCAUUAUGGUAGAUUUUCAUCUAUGAAGACGCUCAAAUUAUUUAAUAAAUAUAAAUAUUUCACGUUGUUGCAGCUUGUAUAAGUAACUGAGAGGCUGCCUGCAUCUAUUUUUCCAUACUUUUUAAAUUCUAAGGCCUUGCCAUAUUUUUAAGGAGAUUUUGUUUAUAUCGGGAAGUAGUUCAAGAGAAGUGUUUAAGAAUAAACGUUUUUAACCUCUGUGAAAACUCCAUACCUAACAAUUUUAUUUCGUAAAAUCCGACUUCUUUUAAAAAGUCUUCCGAAUAAUAUGCCAAAAUGUAAACUAUUUUUUGAAAUUAACAUAAGUGGGGAAACUCCAUACCUAACAAAUUUCUCUGUAAAAUCUUCAUUGGACUGACUUCUUGAAGUCCUACGAAUAAUAUGCCAAAAUUUAAACUAUAAGUGGUAGAGUAUUAUUUUAUAUUUAUGAGUCAGUUGUCAUGCUUAUACAUGUAUUUUUUAUAUUUUGUGCAGAUUUGUAGCGUAUUUGAAAACAAGGAUAACACCUUCAAUUUCUCCAAAUUUUUACACUUUAUUUUUAUUUUACAGAUUUCCUUUAACCAGUGAUUUAUUCAAAACCUGUUUGAGUAGACCAGACAUAGGUCUUGCUGUGUUCUACGAAUGAUUCAUGUCAUUUAAGCGAAAGUUACAAAGGGGUAAGCCUUGCUGUUCAUUCCUUUUAAUGUUUCAAGACAUUUUAGCCAAAUGUGCAAGGGAUAAGCCGUGUUGUUUAUUCCGUUUGAAGUUGCAUCAAAUUUUAUCAAAAAUAAGAAAGGGUAAAAUUUGCUGCUCAUUUCCUUUGACAUCUCAUUUAAUUCUAACAAAAUAACAAAGGGUAAGAUUUGCUGUUCAUUCCUUUUGAUGUGUCAUGUAAAUUGAGCCAAAAUUACAAGGGUAAACCUUGGUGUUCGUUCCAUUUAACGAUUUUAAGUUAUUUUACCUAAACUAAGGAGUAAGCCUUGCUGUUCUUUAGAAGUUGCAUUAAAUUUUAGCCAAAUUAACAAAAA